UCGGCCUCAGUCAGGCGCUCUGCUCCGUUUCGGUUUCACUUCCGGUGAGGGGCCGCCUCCGAGCGGGCGGUGAGCCGACGGCGAGCGCGGGUGGCGGCGGUGACGGCGGCGCCGCUGCCGGGGGGCGUGCGGGAGCGCGGCGGCGGCGGCGGCGGCGGCGGCGGCUGGGCCUCUUGCGCCCGCAGCCCACCUCUCGGGGGCGGGCUCCCGGCGCGAGCAGGGCUUUCGAGAAGAUGGAGGAGCUGGUGGUGGAAGUGCGGGGCUCCAAUGGCGCUUUCUACAAGGCUUUUGUAAAAGACGUUCAUGAAGAUUCAAUAACAGUUGCAUUUGAAAACAACUGGCAGCCAGAGAGGCAGAUUCCAUUCCAUGAUGUGAGAUUCCCACCACCUGUAGGUUAUAAUAAAGAUAUAAAUGAAAGUGAUGAAGUUGAGGUUUAUUCCAGAGCAAAUGAAAAAGAGCCUUGCUGUUGGUGGUUAGCUAAAGUGAGGAUGAUAAAGGGUGAGUUUUAUGUAAUAGAAUAUGCAGCAUGUGAUGCUACAUACAACGAAAUUGUCACAAUUGAACGUCUACGAUCGGUUAAUCCCAACAAACCUGCCACAAAAGAUACUUUCCAUAAAAUCAAACUGGACGUGCCAGAAGACUUACGACAAAUGUGUGCCAAAGAAUCGGCACAUAAGGACUUUAAAAAGGCAGUUGGUGCCUUUUCUGUAACUUACGACCCAGAGAAUUAUCAGCUUGUCAUUUUGUCUAUCAAUGAAGUCACCUCAAAACGAGCACACAUGCUAAUUGACAUGCACUUUCGGAGUCUUCGCACUAAGCUGUCUCUGAUACUGAGAAACGAAGAAGCCAGUAAACAGCUAGAGAGUUCAAGGCAACUUGCCUCAAGGUUUCACGAACAAUUUAUUGUACGAGAAGAUUUGAUGGGUCUGGCUAUUGGUACUCAUGGUGCUAAUAUUCAGCAAGCUAGAAAGGUACCCGGGGUCACUGCUAUCGAUUUAGAUGAAGAUACCUGCACAUUUCACAUUUAUGGAGAGGAUCAGGAUGCAGUGAAAAAGGCUAGAAGCUUUCUGGAAUUUGCUGAAGAUGUCAUACAGGUUCCAAGGAACUUAGUUGGCAAAGUAAUAGGAAAAAAUGGAAAACUGAUUCAGGAAAUUGUGGAUAAGUCAGGAGUGGUGAGGGUGAGAAUUGAGGCUGAAAAUGAGAAAAGCGUUCCCCAAGAAGAGGAAAUUAUGCCACCAAAUUCCCUACCUUCCAGUAACUCAAGGGUUGGACCUACUCCCUCAGAAGACAAAAAACAUAUAGAUAUAAAGGAAAACAGCACUCAUUUUUCUCAACCUAACAGUACAAAAGUCCAGAGGGUGUUAGUGGUUUCAUCAAUUGUAGCAGGGGAAUCCCAGAAACCUGAACUCAAGGCUUGGCAGGGUAUGGUACCAUUUGUUUUUGUGGGAACAAAGGACAGCAUUGCUAAUGCCACUGUUCUUCUGGAUUAUCACCUGAACUAUUUAAAGGAAGUAGACCAGUUGCGUUUGGAGAGAUUACAAAUUGAUGAGCAGUUGCGACAGAUUGGAGCUAGUUCUAGACCACCACCAAAUCGUACAGAUAAGGAAAAAGGCUAUGUGACUGAUGAUGGUCAAGGAAUGGGUCGAGGUAGUAGACCUUACAGAAAUAGGGGGCACGGCAGACGCGGUCCUGGAUAUGCUUCAGGAACUAAUUCUGAAGCAUCAAAUGCUUCUGAAACAGAAUCUGACCACAGAGACGAACUCAGUGAUUGGUCAUUAGCUCCAACAGAGGAAGAGAGGGAGAACUUUCUGCGCAGAGGAGACGGUCGACGGCGUGGCGGUGGAGGAAGAGGACAGGGAGGAAGAGGACGUGGAGGUGGCUUCAAAGGAAAUGACGAUCACUCCCGAACAGAUAAUCGCCCACGUAAUCCAAGAGAGGCUAAAGGAAGAACAGCAGACGGAUCCCUCCAGAUCAGAGUUGACUGCAAUAAUGAAAGGAGUGUCCACACUAAAACAUUACAGAAUACCUCCAGUGAAGGUAAUCGACUGCGCACGGGGAAAGAUCGUAACCAGAAGAAGGAAAAGCCAGACAGCGUGGAUGGCCAGCAACCACUUGUGAAUGGAGUACCCUAAACUGCAGAAUUCUGAAGUUACAUUUCCUAUACCAUUUCCAUAACUCUUAUUCCAUAUUAGAAAACUUUGUUAGGCCAAAGACAAAUAGUAGGCAAGAUGGCACAGGGCAUGAAAUGAACACAAAUUCUGUUAAGAAUCUUGUUUUUUUUUUGAUAUUGGCCAUAAGCAACAAUUUUCAGAUUUGCACAAAAAGAUACCUUGAAAUUUUGAGACAUUGCUUUUAAGUAUACUUUAGCACUUCAGGGCAGGAUUUUAGUUUGGUUUAUUUUUUAAAGUACUGAGCAGUGAUAUUUUUUGUUAAUUUGGACCAUUUUCCUGCAUUGGGCGAUAACUCACCAGUACAUUUCAGUUUUUCUGAAUAAAUAGCAUUUUUGGUAAUCACUUCCGUUUUCAAUCUCCUGUAGAAGUUCAUGAAAUACUGUCAUUUCAUGUCCUGUGUCGGUUUAUGUUUGGUCCACUUUUCCAGUAUUUUAGUGGACUCUGAGAUGUGUGUGAUGUGACGUUUGUCAUUUUCAUUAGCAAAAAAAAAAAAAAAAAGUUGUAUGAUCUGUGCCUUUUUUAUAUCUUGGCAGGUAGGAAUAUUAUAUUUGGAUGCAGAGUUCAGGGAAGAUAAGUUGGAAACACUAAAUGUUAAAGAUGUAGCAAACCCUGUCAAACAUUAGUACUUUAUAGAAGAAUGCAUGCUUUCCAUAUUUUUUCCUUACAAAAACAUCAGGUUAGGCAGUAUAAAGAAUAGAACUUGUUUCUGUUUUUGUUUUGUUGCACUGAAGUUUGACAAAUAGUGUUAUUGAGAGGGAUGUGUAAUUUUUCUGUAUAGACAGGAGAAGAAAUAACUAUCUUUUCAUUUGAGAGAGGCUAAAAUUAAAAUGUUUUCAGCUAGGAACAAAUCUUCCUGGUCGAAAGGUAGUAGGAUAUGCCUGCUCUUUGGCCUGAUGAUGACCAAUUUUUAACUUAGCCUUUUUUAUUUUGUCCUCCCCAAGUUUUGUGAAGUUUUUCAUAUUUUAAUUUCAAGCUUAUUUUGGGGAGAUACGAAGGUCAUUUUCAUGUGUGCAUAAGAAUCCUGUGAAGUACAGGUACUUUGUGUAAGAAAUAUUGGAAGCAGGUUAAAUGUUUCUAAACUUUGAAAUAUUAGGUCUAAUGUAUAAGAGGAAUGGGAAAGCAGACUAGAAUUGGUUAACAGAUACUUUUCUUUAGUUUUUUUUUUUCCUUUUUUUUUUUUUUUUGAUGUGUUGGGUUUUGGUUGUUUUGAGUCAUUUUUAUGAAUCAGAUUUACUGAGGAAAAAUACGUGAAGGACCUUCACUCUUAAGAUGUUAUAUUUUUCUUAAAAAAAAAAAAAUAACUCCAAGUAGGGGUACCACUGAAUCUGUACAGAGCCGUGCAAACUGAAGUUCUGCCUCUGAUGUCUUUUGUGUUUGUUUCUUUGAAUUUUCAUUUUACAGUUACUUUUCCUUGCAUACAAAUAAGCAUAUAAAAAUGGCAACAAACUGCACAUGAUUUCAAGAAUAUUAAAAAGUCUUUUAAAAGUAUUGCCAAACAUUAAUGUUGAUUUUUAGUUAUUUAUUCUGGGAAUGUAUAGUAUUUGAAAACAGAAAUUGGUACCUUGCACACAUCAUCUGUAAGCUGUUUGGUCUAAAAUACUGUAGAUAAUUAACCAAGGUAGAAUGACCUUGUAAUGUAACUGCUCCUGGGCAAUAUUCUCUGUACAUAUUAGCGACAACAGAUUGGAUUUUAUGUUGACAUCUGUUUGGUUAUAGUGCAAUAUAUUUUGUAUGCAAGCAGUUUCAAUAAAGUUUGAUCUUCCUCUGCUAAAUUGAUGUUGAUGCAAUCCUUACAAAUGAUUGCUUUUAAAAUUUUAAGAUAGGAAAAGAAAUCUAUAGAAAGUGUUGUUACAAAAUGUAACUGUUACCACUGGAAGUUUCACAUGUCCUAGGAAGUUAGCUGUUAUCUACCAACACUCAAGAACUUGAUCUUGUUCAAUAAGGUGGAAAAAAAAAUCAACAAAAUGGUACAAAAGCACAUUGUGCCAUUACAAUAUGCACUAAGUCUCUUUUUUUACAAAGGCUGAAUUCAGCAAGGCGCUAACUUGCUUAAAUGUGAAUUACUAACUUCUAUAACUGUAAUUUGAUUCACAUGUUUUCAAAUGGAGUUGGAGUUGAUUCGUAUUACAAUAUUUGUGUGCUAAACGUGUAUGUUUUUCAGUUCUAAGUCCUGAUGUUUUUAAAAUCUUAUUAAAGUUUCAAAAAUCUGAA